GGGCGCCGUUGUUGUGAAGCGUCAUUGGCGCAGAGUUUGCAACCAAGUGCGGUCGAUGUCUUCUUCAUUCUGGCACAUUCUGUGACCGUCCAUCCUGCGGGACGCUAGAACAUUCUCAUCCCCAGGGAUCUGGCAGGUUCCGAAGUAUGAGCACACCGAUGAUGGCGCUGCUUUCAAUCAUCGUGGCUGCAGUCAUGGUAUCUUCAGGAGCCAACGCUCAAAACAGUGAACUAUCAGUAGACUCAUGCUUUCAGGUACGCUUUCCCGAUCUGAUAGGUAUAAAAGAGUGCUUAGGCAACGUGCUGGACAUGUGUGGGAAAAGCCGCUGCCUCAUGGACGCUAUAUUUUCCAUAAGAUCGCUGAAAAAAAUUCUCACGGCUUUGAGAAGACCCCUGAUCUUUGCAUUCAGGACGUUAUUGCCAAGAGUGUCAAAGGUGGUGGUGCCCGUGCUCAAGGUGCUGCUGCCAAGGCCCUGUAACGCGCAAGAGAGGGCGGAGGGAACGUGCGACCGACAGCUGCUGCCGGCGACCCCGUGCAACAGCACCGUCAACGUCACCUUCAGCGACCCUCUGGACGUCAGAGACUGCAUUGACCUCAACCAAUUCAUGUGCUUCGAACAAGGUGCUGAUAAAGACGAGAUGCUGAUAUAUCUGAUGAGAGCUAUUGUGUGCGCGAUGAAGAAGUUGCCCGAGCUAAGCGUUCGACUAGUGCUGAAGAAGCUCCUCUGCAGAGGCAUGUCCUGGCUCAUCGAGUUCCUCCGUACCAGGGACUUCAAAACUAUGGUGCGAGUGGCACAAGCUUUUCACGAACUUGGGAGCUGUUCCAAAUAUUAUCCGGCGGACCCGAAAGCCGAAAGGAGGCUCCUCCCGGAGGCAGAAUUUCACCUGCCUGACGCAAGAAAAAGCCACAAGUUAGAGUGAAGAGUAUACAGCACCUUCAUCAUUUACCUCGCGCUCUGUUAACCACUCACCUCAGUUAUUCCACUCAGCUAAGAGCAGCUGCUCGUCAAGAGGGGGCGAAAUGUUCGGCGGAAACUUCACUUCCACAAGUGUUCCUUUUUU